CACGUGCCUUUCUGUUUUGCAUAUUGACCACACCACGGUGCCGUUCGAUCGGCGCAGCGGAUCUCACCAAUGGGUGGCAAGAUUAGUGCCCUUGGAGGGCCUAGCCUGUCAAACUUGCUGCAGAGCAGCAGCAAGGAAGACCACGACAGCUUUGAUCGAGCCUUCGCCAAGUUCCCGGCCACGCCCUCGCGCACCUGGGGAUUCCAAGCGAAAACGGAUGCGAUCUACGCCAACGACAGCUGGCUUUCCACACAGAAGCGCAUUCGCCUCAGCGACAUCAACCGCUUCCUAGAGCUGCGACCCUACCCGGGAAAGCCGGCUGGUGGCAAGAUCGAAUUCCCUGGAGACUACAACAUGGUGUGGGGAAAUCCCGAGUGGCUCAUUCCCGAAGAGCAAAACUACAACCUGUCCUUCAGCCGGCAGCAGCACCACGACAUGGGAGGGGCAGCUGUGGCAGCUGUGCUUCUGGGGGAUGUGAGGCUAGCGCCAAGCCGGACAAAGGCUUUGACGAGCUUCUUCUAGCCCAGCCUGGGCUCCAGGGGGCUUAGGACCCCUUGUUGAUCCCACAAGCUGAGGCUGGAUCCAGAUCCCACAAGCUCCAGCUCCGAAAACGACCCGAAACGGCCACCAGAAUAGGCGGAGGGGGUCCUUCUGGCCGAAGGUCGGCCUACAGGAUCUUUGACCCGGAUGUUUUCCAAGCAAAGUCCUUGGAAGUAGGUGGAUUUGCUUGACAAGCAGGAAAGGCAG